AUGGCACAAAUAGCACUAUCAAUAGGUGUAACUUUGUUUAUAGGGUUAUAUUCUUAUCAAUCCAGUUUAAUAUACCCUGCAUCAUUAAAUGAUGGACAUGGAUAUUGUGCAACUCCUGAUGAAUAUGGGAUGCCGGAUUAUGAAUUGGUGAAUUUAAAGACUGAAGAUGGAGAAAAUUUACAGUGUUACCUGUUAAAACAGAAUCAAGAAUCGCCCUCAUACAGUAAUAAAACUAUUCUAAUUCUUUCACCGAACGCAGGUAACAUCGGGCAUGCAUUACCAAUUGUUUCCAUGUUUUAUUCAAACUUCGGUUAUAAUGUAUUCAUAUAUUCAUAUCGUGGGUAUGGUAAAUCUACUGGCAAACCUUCGGAGAAAGGACUAAAGAUUGACGCUCAAAGAAUCAUGCAAUACUUGACAAUCGAGGAUGAACAAUACCAACAAUCUUCAAUAGUAUUGUACGGAAGAUCGCUUGGAGGUGCUGUUGGUAUUUAUAUUGCUGCUACAAUGGGACCCUCUAUUAAGGGCAUUAUUUUGGAGAACACGUUUUUAUCGAUUAGAAAAACUGUUCCCCAUAUUUUUCCAAUGUUAAAAUAUCUUGCCAUAUUUAUUCAUCAAGUUUGGGAUCUGGAAAAAUUAGUCGGUACGAUUUCUUCCAGUAUUCCUGUUUUAUUGCUAAGUGCACGUAAGGAUGAAAUCGUUCCACCAGAACAUAUGGAUCGUAUAUUUUCAUUAUCAAAAAGUGACGAUAAAGUAAUGUAUAAGUUUGAAAAUUCGCUGCAUAAUGAUACGGUUAUUCAGCCGGCAUAUUGGGAGAAGAUUCAAGACUUUGUAGAUAACAAAGUGAACCCUAUUGUACAUUAA